AUGGGGGCCUCACUUUUGACCGUGUGGAGCCUGCCAGCUGCAGCCCAGCUCACCCCUGAUGCCAACCUGCUUGAAGUCACCCAAAGUGAGAAGGGUGUUGUUCCGUCUAUAUUUGGGACCCCUUGGUCACCCUAGACUCAUGGUAGAUUCAGAUCGCUGGCCAAGCCCACCAUUUCAAUCAGCCAGGGCACAGCCAUAGAGCACAGGGGAAAUGUGACCUUCUACUGUGACCCCAAAGAUGUCAACAUUACCAUCCACUGGGUCUCCAACAAUCAGCCCCUGGUGUUCCAUGAGUGCAUGCAGCUGUCCACAGAUGGCAAGACCCUCACCAUCUUCCCUGUCCAGCGGGAAGACACCGGGACUUACCAAUGUGAAGUUUGAGGUGUCCUCCAUGUCAUGAGCCGUGACCCCACCUUCCUGGUUGUGAACUAUGGUCCUGACCCCGUCAAAAUCAAGGUGGAGUCCGGUGUACCCAACGGGGAGGCAGUUGAGGUGAUAGAGGGCAGCAAUGUGACCUUCUCGGUAGAAAUUCAGUCUCACCCACCCACUGCCUAUUUAUGGUUUUUCCCCAAUGACUCCAAGCCCAUCACGAGCUCAUUUCUCACCGCAAGCACAUUUACCAUCUAUGCCGUGUCCAGGGAACACGAGGGCACGUACAGCUGCUUGGUGUCCAACAGUGCCACCCAGCUGUCCCACAAGGCUACUCUUAAAUUCCACAUCCUUGAAAGGCUGACCAAGCCUUGCGUCUUGCCUCUGAACCAGCUGGUGGCCCUGACCUGCCAGGCCACCCCUAAGGGAGCUGCAGUCCAGUGGUUCCUGCGGGGCCAGCUCCUUCUGCCCAGCAAGCACCUGGUGCUGUCAGCUGACAACAGGACCCUGGUCAUCCAUGGCCUUCAGUGCAAUGACACAAGGCCCUAUGAGUGUGAGGUCUGGAACUGGAGCAGCCGGGUAUGGAGUGACCCCCUCAAGUUGAACAUCAGCUAUGGCCCUGAUCGAGUGGACAUCACCAGGGGGUCGGCGUCCAAGGUGGUCAACACCAUCAAGGCGGAGCUCAACUCCAGCCUGACCCUGCAGUGUCGGGCUGAAUCCCAGCCGGAUGCUGAGUUUCACUGGACCCUUGAACCUUCCACGAGUGUCUGUACGGGGGAACAGCUGGUCAUCGAGGCCCUGACUUGGGAACACCAAGGGAUUUACAGCUGCACAGCUUUUAACUCUCUCACACACCUGGCCCGCUCUGCCUCAGUCCUGGUCAGAGUGAUAGGUUCUGGGUCAUCCCUCUCUGAAGGGGCCAUCGCUGGCAUUAUCAUCAGGAUCCAGGCUGUCAUUGCUCUGGCCACAGGGCUGGGCUGUUUCCUCUGCAUCAGAAAUGCCAAAGGGCCCUCAAGGAGAACAACAGAGGAACCCAUCUAUGAGGUCACGACACCCACCCCUGAAGAGCAUCACCUUGUGGAGCCCGGUCGCAGUAAGUGA